AUGGUUGGACGCUUGCAGAGGGCCAGACUGACAGUGCCCGAGGCUGCGCUGUAUAAAAGAGCAGCUCCACUAGGCAAGCAGAGCUGUCGGCAUGGAGUCAGGGGUCUGUCAUCUGUAUCUCCUCAUUUGCAGGGACGUGCGGCCAAGCCAGCUGGCCUGAGGAAAGUGAACCUGGGCAGGAAGCUUUGUCGUUUUUUCCACCCUGCCCUUUCGAUAUUAUUCUUUUUGAGUAUCCUUCGUUGUCAAGCCGCCAAAGUGGAGAGUGUGAUUGCAGAGGGGGGUGCUUCUCGUUUCAGUGCUUCUUCGGGGGGAGGAGGUGGUAGGGGUGCACCUCAGCACUAUCCCAAGACUGUCGGCAACAGCGAGUUCCUGGGGAAAACCCCAGGGCCUAGCGUUCAGAGAUGGGUUCCUUCACGAAGCACUAGACGAGAUGUCAGCUCCUCCAAUGAAAAAGAACGACAUGAUGCAAUCUUCAGAAAAGUGAGAGGCAUACUGAAUAAGCUGACCCCUGAGAAGUUUGACAAGUUAUGCCUUGAGCUUCUGAAUGUGGGUGUGGAUUCAAAGCUUGUCCUCAAAGGAAUCAUCUUGCUGAUUGUAGACAAAGCCCUUGAAGAGCCCAAGUAUAGCUCGCUAUAUGCUCAGCUAUGUCUGCGGUUGGCAGAGGAUGCACCAAACUUUGACAACCAAUCAUCUGAGAUCCAGUCAUCACAAAAACAGAGCACUACAUUCAGGAGACUUUUGAUUUCAAAGCUUCAAGAUGAAUUUGAAAACCGUGCCAGAAAUGUUGAAAUCUAUGACAAAAACGAUGGCCCUCUUACCUCUGAGGAAGAGGAGCAGCGUGCCAUCGCCAAGAUCAAGAUGCUGGGAAACAUCAAGUUCAUUGGAGAACUGGGCAAACUCGACCUUAUCCAUGAGUCUAUCCUUCAUAAGUGCAUCAAAACACUUCUGGAAAAGAAGAAAAGAAUCCAGCUCAAGGAUAUGGGGGAGGAUCUGGAGUGCCUCUGUCAGAUAAUGAGAACUGUGGGGCCUAGGCUCGAUCAUGAGAAAGCCAAGUCUUUAAUGGAUCAGUACUUUGGCCGCAUGCGAUCCUUAAUGAACAACAAGGACUUACCUGCACGGAUUCGCUUCCUGCUGCAGGAUACUGUAGAGCUGCGUGAGAACAGCUGGGUGCCGCGGAAAGCUUUUAUUGAUAAUGGACCUAAAACCAUCAACCAGAUCCGCCAGGAUGCAGUCAAGGAUUUGGGUGUGUUUAUACCAGCUAUGACCUCAGGAAUGAGGACUGACUUCUUUCAAGAUAGCCCCUUCAUGCCACCAAGGAUGAACAGAGAAACUCUUGGAGGAUUAGCUGACAUGUUUGGACAAAUGCCAGGUAGCGGGAUUGGGACUGGGCCUGGGGUUAUUCAGGACAGGUAUUCUCCCACCAUGGGCCGUCAUCGCACAAAUCCACUCUUCAACGGCCAUGGUGGUCAUAUGGCUCCUGCUCCACAGUCUCAGUUUGAUAAGCCUUUUAUGAAACCCAAUCAGGGACAGAAUAUGCUGUUCCAGAACCAGACUCAUUCAUCUCAACAGCAAGCUCAGUCCAAGGAUAUGCCACCUCGCUUCACCAAGAAAGGACAGCUAAAUGCUGAUGAGAUCAGCCUGAGACCAGCUCAGUCAUUUCUAAUGAACAAAGCCCAGGUGCCAAAACUGCAGCCCCAGCUCCCUACCAUGAUUCCCCCCAGCGCACAGCCUCCACGCACAGCCACGCCUCCGCUCGGACAGCCACCACAGCUUGGCCUGAAAACCAACCCACCUCCAAUACAGGAGAAACCUCAGAAGACCAACAAAAAACCACCUCCUGCCAAAGAGGAGCUGCUCAAGCUGACCGAGACGAUCGUGAAGGAGUAUUUAAGCAGUAAGAACAUUGGUGAUGCUGUGAAUGGCAUGAGGGAGAUGAGGGCUCCUAAACACUUCCUGCCAGAGAUGCUGAGCAAAAUCAUUGUCUGCUCGCUCGAUAGCCAAGACGAGGAUAAAGAUCACGUCAGCCGUUGGAUCCACGCCCUCCGUACUGAGGCUGUCAUCACUGGAGAGAACUUCAUGCAGGCUUUUCUUAACAUUUUGGACCAGUGCCCCAAGCUUGAGGGUGAUAUCCCCCUGGUGAAGUCCUACCUGGCACAGUUCGCUGCCCGUGCCAUCAUCGCUGAGCUCAUGAGCGUUGCGGACCUGGCCCAUCCUCUGGAGAACGGCACCCACUUCCCCCUCUUCUUGCUCUGCCUUCAGCAAACAGCCAAGCUGAAGGAUCGGGAGUGGCUGACUGAUCUGUUCCAGCAGAGCAAAGUCAACAUGCAGAUGAUGUUGCCAGAGAUAGACCAGAACAAAGACCGCAUGCUGGAGAUUUUGGAGGGAAAGGGCCUGAGCUUCUUGUUCCCACUCAUGAAACUGGAGAAGGAGCUACUGAAGCAGAUUAAAGCAGACCCAGCUCCCCAGUCCAUCUACAAGUGGAUCAAGGACAAUAUUUCACCGAAGCUUCACACCGAUAAGGGUUUCGUCAACAUCUUGAUGACCAGCUUUUUGCAGUAUAUUUUCCAUGAGAUGUAUUCCACCGAGGGCGACGAGCAGUUAUCGGCGCCUUCGAAAGAACAGCUUGACCAGGAGAAGCAGCUGCUACUUGCCUUCAAACCGGUGAUGCAAAAAUUCCUGCAUGAUCAUGUGGACCUGCAAGUCAGUGCUCUGUACGCACUGCAAGUGCACUGUAAUACCAAGGCUUUUCCCAAAGGAAUGUUACUGCGCUACUUUGUCAACUUCUAUGAUAUGGAGAUAAUUGAAGAAGAAGCCUUCCUUGCAUGGAAAGAAGAUAUUACCCAAGAGUUUCCUGGGAAAGGCAAAGCUUUGUUCCAGGUGAACCAGUGGCUUACCUGGCUGGAGACGGCCGAGGAGGAGGAGUCUGAAGAGGAGGCUGACUGACUAAGAAACCAGCCAAAGCCUUACCAUGCAAAGAUGUAACUGUUGUAUUGUCGUUGGGUUUUUGUUUUUUUAACCCCCUUAACUCACUGUAUUGUCACCUUCUUCCCUUCUGAUCCCCUUUCGUUGUAUAACCCUUUACUUCAAAUCACCUGCAUCGCUGAACUUCAUUCUGCUGUACUUUUUCCCCUCCCCUUCCUGCUUUCUUCAUUUAAAGCAUGUAAUGAUUUACUGUCUGUUCCAAAACACCUAAGAAAUGGUAUUGGCGGCUUGAAACUGCUCGUUUUGUUUUUGCUUUUUUGUUUGUUUUGGGUUUUUUUUUUGUUUUGUAUCUGCAAGAAUCUUUCCUGCUGCUGUUCACUAUAACACAACUGUAGAAACGCACUUUGUGCUCAGUGUCAUGAGUUGUUGCAAUAUGCUCCUGUGAUUGUUAUAGAAAAUCCUCAACUGUAAUCAUUGGUAACCAUACAUUUAGUCACCAGUUUGUUUCUACCUCUUUUUAGCAACGGGUUUAGUACGCUGGGUUGAAUUCAGUCCCUCAACAGGGGAGGGAGAUGUAAAAGAACUCUCCAAACCUGUGCGGUGCUUACGUUUAUGAUGGGGGGGGGGGACACGAUUUACUUUCUUGCUCUGAUUUUGGAUGGUAAGGAUUUUUUUGUGUCUGUGAGGUGGUAAGGCUUUUUUUUGUGUGUAUAUGGAAAGCUAUUGGUGAAGAAAUGGUUAUACAGCCCUUUCAGCUUUUUUUUUUGUUUGUUUGUUUGUUUUAAAUCAGCCCUUGUUUGUCCCCUCCAUUUCUUGUCAAACUUUGAUACUUGAAUUUUUUUUUUUUUCUCUUUACAGCAUGUUCAGGGAUUACCAAACAUGGCCUGUUCAGAUGCAACAACUUUUGAUUGGAACAGCAAUGUUUAAAUAUGAACUUUUAAAUUAAAACAAUACUUUUUAAUUGGUAAAAUAAAGUUAGAAAUGAAAUUGAUUAUGUCCACUUUGCGAACCACUGCUUAUGAACCUAAAAGUCUGUUUGCCAUAAUAUCUAAUAGAUAUUUAUUGAACUUUAUCAUGGGGAAGAAAAAAAAAAACAUUUGAUGCUUUAUCAUUUAGGUAGAGAAAUAACAAUUGAUGCAACUGGCAUACAUCUGUACAAUGAGCUACGUGCUAUUUAAAGUGUUACUGUAAGACGUAAGAGCUCAGAAUGUUCUGUGUACCACUUGCUUAACUUUCAAUAAAGAUGCACACCAGGAUUGAGUGGCUUUGUUUA